AUGGAGGCCGUAGUCGAGGACGAACUGAAGCGACUUGUAAAUUUGGGCAUCAUCACUCCAGUCACCUAUGCCGAUUGGGCGGCUCCCAUCGUGGUGGUCCGCAAGCCGGAUCGUUCUGUGCGGAUUUGUGCGGACUUCUCCACCGGGUUGAACAGUGCACUCGAAGCGAACAACUACCCGCUUCCACUCCCGGAGGAUAUAUUCAACCGCAUGGCGAAUUGCAAGAUGUUUAGUCACAUUGACCUCUUGGAUGCCUAUCUGCAAGUAGAGCUCGACGAGGAAAGCAGAAAAUUCGUCACCAUCAACACUCACAAAGGGCUGUAUCGAUUUAACCGGCUCUUCCCCGGUGUUAAGUGCGCACCCGGCGCCUUUCAGCAGAUCAUGGACGCCAUGCUCAGUGGCCUCCCAUGCACAUCUCCGUACCUCGACGACAUCCUUGUGGGUGGCCGCACUGUCGAGGAACACAAUCAGAACCUGAACUGUGUCCUUCAGCGUCUUCAAGAGUAUGGGUUUACGGUCAAAUUCGAAAAAUGUCGAUUUUUCAUGCGACAAGUUAAAUACCUGGGUCAGCUUCUUGAUACGGAAGGCGUUCGUCCGGACCCGGACAAGGUAAAGGCAAUUGUAAACAUGCCGCCUCCUCACGAUGUUCCCACACUUCGGUCGUACUUAGGUGCGAUUAAUUACUAUGGGAAAUACAUUCGGGAAAUGCGCACCCUUCGCCAACCAUUGGACGAGCUACUCAAGGAGAGUACCAGCUUCCAGUGGACCGACACCCAACAGCGCUCUUUUGACCGCUUUAAGGAAAUCCUCCAAUCGCCGCUCAUGCUGACGCACUAUAACCCUCGACUUCAAAUAAUUGUGUCCGCAGACGCGUCGAACGUGGGCAUUGGUGCUCGCAUCGCGCAUCGAUUCCCUGAUGUAUCAGAGAAAGCCAUCAGAGAAAGAGAAAGCCGAAUCCAGGUAUAG